AGGUGCUUCUCAGUCCAGUACCCAGACCACCUUUGGGGCUUCUCCCCAAGAGCCUCUGUUCUACGAUUCCCCUCAGGUGUUUGGUGAUACGGACCAGGUUCAGAUGACAUCUGAGGGCUCUGACUGCCGCUGCAAGUGCAUCCUGAGACCCCUGAGCAAGGACGCCUGCAGCCGCGUCCGCAGUGGGAGUAUGAGGGUGGAAGACUUCUACACGGUGGAAACUGUGAGUUCUGGGGCCGAUUGCCGCUGCUCCUGUACCGCUCCCCCUUCCUCUCUCAAUCCCUGUGAGAAUGAAUGGAAGAUGGAAAAGAUCAAGAAGCAAGCACCAGAACUCUUCAAGCUCCAGUCUAUGGUUGACCUCCUAGAAGGGACGUUGUACAGUAUGGACCUGAUGAAAGUCCACGCCUACAUCAACAAAGUGGCCUCUCAGAUGAACACCCUAGAAGAGACCAUUAAGACAAACCUUAGCCGGGAAAAUGAUUUCAUGAAAGAAAGCGUGGCCCACCUGACCCACCAGAUGAAGCAUUAUGAGAACUACUCGGACAUCAUGAUGAGUAUUAAGAAGGAGAUUUCCAGCCUGGGCUAUCAGUUGCUACAGAAGGAUGCAGCUGCUGGUCCUGAGACCAAAGCUCAGGAUACAGCUGGUGGAAAAGGCAAGGAAGCCAACAAAUAUUCCGGAGUCAAGAAAAACUUUGGGGACAAGGCCAUCCCAAAGCCUCCCAAAGAAAAGCUCCUGAAGGUGGAGAAGGUGCGGAAAGACACGGUGAAGGUGAAACCCCCGCAGGCCACAGCCAGGCCCCGAGCCCACCCACACCAGCAAGCUGUCAUCCGGGGCAUCACCUACUACAAAUCCACAAAGCAGGAGGAGGUGAAGGACACAGCUGAAAUCACCCUCAAGGGGGUAACCGGACUGGAGCAGCAAGAAGCCAAGGAAGGAAGACACUUGGAAUCCAACUCUGCUCAGCAAAAGGAAGAGGAGGCUACAGAUGAAGGAGACCCCACCCCUAGCCCUCCCACAAGCACCACCCCCCUUCCCACCACCCCGGUUGCCAGCACCACCACCACCAGCAGCCCACUGGUCACCAUUCUGUCCAUUGGCUACAAUGUUGCAGGACCCAAUGGGUCUGAAAGUCCUAAUCAAGUCAAAGAAGUAGGAUGUGAAGGCACCAUUAAGUCUGUUGAUCCUCCUGUGAAACAACAUAGCUAUGGGAGGAACGAAGGGGCUUGGAUGAAGGACCCUACGGCCCGUGAUGACAAGAUCUAUGUCACCAACUACUACUAUGGGAACAGUCUGGUGGAGUUCCGUAAUCUGGACAACUUCCAACAAGGCCGCUGGAGUAACAUGUACAAACUCCCCUAUAACUGGAUCGGGACGGGCCACGUGGUGUUCCAGGGUGCCUUCUACUACAACCGCGCCUUCACCAAGAACAUCAUCAAAUAUGAUCUCCGGCAGCGCUACGUGGCCGCCUGGACCCUGCUCCCAGACGUGGUGUACGAGGAUACCACCCCGUGGAAGUGGCGAGGCCACUCCGACAUCGACUUUGCCGUGGACGAAAGCGGCCUGUGGGUCAUUUACCCCUCCGUGGACGAGGGCGGCUUCUCCCAGCAGGAGGUGAUCGUGCUGAGCCGGCUGGACCCUGGCGACCUGUCUGUGAGGCGGGAGACCACCUGGAAAACCCGGCUGAGGCGCAACUCCUACGGGAACUGCUUCCUAGUGUGCGGGAUCCUGUACGCCGUGGACGUCUACAGCCAGAGGGAGGGACAGAUCUCGUACGCCUUCGACACGCACACCAACACCGACGCCCACCCCAAGCUGCCCUUCCUCAACGAGUACUCCUUCACUACCCAGAUCGACUACAAUCCCAAAGAGAGGGUCCUCUAUGCCUGGGACAAUGGCCACCAGAUGACCUACACCCUCCAUUUCGUGGUCUGAGGGAAGCCGGGGUCCUCUCUCCCAGCGCAGUGGGAAGCACUUUGGGGCAAUCCCCCCGAGGCACAGAGGGAGGAGGCCACAGGUGACCGGUGCCCCCUCUGAGAUGACU